AUCGAACAUCAAAUGAUAUAGGAGGUCUCUUACAAAUAGCACCUCCAGGCCACCCCUUUUUUAAAUCAAGACAGCCUACAAAACAGUGUAACUUUACCUACCUAAAAGUAUUAACAGUUGUUAAUAGACUUAACUGAUGAUCAGUGACGGCUAUAAUACGUAUUUUUUUAUAUCGUGUUUCCAGGCUGCAAAUCGCGGAAGUCUUAAAGCUGUAACCAGUUUUCCCUCAACCGCUCUUCCAGUUUUUCCCCGCAGUCUUCCUUUUCCUGUAGCAUUUUUCGAGUAGCUUAUCAUUUUUAAACAACAAUGUAUCAAGUUCUAAGAAAAUUCGUUUUUACUGAUGCAUAUUGCGCCAGUGACGCUCCGAAGACUUAUGAAGAGUUAUUUGAGAAAUUAGACGCCAACAAAGAUGGUAAAGUGGAUGUAGCUGAACUCAAGGCGGGCCUCUCUGCCAUGGGUAUUACAUACGGCAAAGAAGAUGCGCAGAAAAUAAUUUCCUCUGGAGACCAGGAUAGAGAUGAGGGUCUUGAUAUUGAUGAGUUUUCCAAGUACUUGAAGGAACAUGAGAAGAAACUGUUGCUGACCUUCAAGAGUCUGGAUAAAAACAAUGACGGAUGUAUUGACCUCAUGGAGAUAAAGCAGUCCUUUGCUGACUUGGGGAUGGACAUCAGCAAGGAAGAGGCAGAGAAGAUCCUUCAAACCAUCGAUGCAGAUGGAACAAUGACCGUGGACUGGAAUGAAUGGAGGGAACACUUCCUGUUCAACGCUGCCAACAACCUGCAGGACAUUAUCCGCUAUUGGAAGCACUCUACGGUGCUGGAUAUUGGGGACAGCCUCACCAUCCCUGAUGAGUUUACCGAAGAGGAGAAGACAACAGGUGUGUGGUGGAAACAACUGGCAGCGGGUGCCAUGGCGGGGGCGGUCUCUCGUACAGGCACCGCCCCCCUGGACAGGAUGAAGGUGUUCAUGCAGGUGCACGGAUCCGUGACCAAUAAGAUCAGCCUGGUGGGGGGCUUCAAGCAGAUGAUAAAGGAGGGGGGUUUCAGCUCCCUCUGGAGGGGGAAUGGGACCAAUGUCCUGAAGAUUGCCCCCGAGACAGCCAUCAAGUUCAUGGCCUAUGAGCAGUAUAAGAAGCUGUUGACAUCAGAGGGAGGGAAGGUCCAGACGCACGAGAGGUUUAUGGCUGGAUCAUUGGCCGGGGCCACAGCUCAGACAGCCAUCUACCCUAUGGAGGUAAUGAAGACCAGGCUUACGCUAAGGAAGACCGGACAGUACUCAGGAAUGUUCGAUUGUGCCAAGAAGAUUCUAAAGAGAGAAGGUGUGAAGGCCUUCUAUAAGGGCUACAUUCCCAACAUCCUGGGCAUCAUUCCAUAUGCUGGGAUUGACCUGGCUGUGUACGAGAGUCUGAAGAAUGCAUGGCUAGCCCGUUAUGCAAAAGACACAGCCAAUCCUGGGGUCCUGGUACUUCUGGCCUGUGGCACGAUCUCCAGCACAUGUGGCCAGCUGGCCAGUUACCCCCUUGCACUGAUCCGAACCAGGAUGCAGGCAGCAGCGUCCAUCGAGGGCAUGGAGCAGGUGUCCAUGAACCGGCUAGUGAGGAAGAUCUUGGAGAAAGAAGGAUUCUUCGGACUUUACCGCGGCAUUCUGCCAAACUUCAUGAAAGUCAUCCCAGCUGUCAGUAUCAGCUAUGUGGUGUAUGAGUAUAUGAGGACAGGGCUGGGCAUCUCUAAGUGAGCAGCAGAAGUGUGCUAGCCUGUGUGCUUGUAUGUUUACUCAAUGUCUGUCAGAUUAUUUCCUACUUUCCUCCAUAUUUUCAGUUUAGGGAAAUUGCAUGUGAAAAUAAUUGUUUACCUGUUUUACCAAAACCUGGACUACAACUAGCUGCAGUGGGGUUAGGUCAUUUUCCUGGGACCUCAUUAUUUCAACUACGCACAUACUUGCAGAAUCCCAACGGAGUGAGAAUGGUCAUCAGUCCAACACAAUGGUGGUUUACUGUACAAACUCCACGUUUACUCAAACUCCCCAUGUAUACCUAUUACCAAAGCCAUACUGUAUAUGGAGGUCUCUUUACAUGUUUCACAUAGAACAUGAUAUAUAGGUAACACACAAGUCUAGUUUACUGUUUGAAGUUGGAGGCGACAUUGUUCUGGGGAUUCAGGCUAGUGUUUAAAUGCCUCUUCCCUUAUUGAAAGGAGGGACAAUAAAAAUGUUAUUGUACAUAUGUUGGAUAAAACAUUGUGCCUUAUGAUUUGAACAGAUCUAUGUGUGGUCUCCAACAAUCCCAUUAUCUUGCCUUUUAUCAAA